CCUGCGCCUCGGCGGCGUGAGGGCGGGUAGAGAGCUAUAUAAAAAUAAUAAUUUAAAAAAAAAAAAAAAUUUAAACGGAGAUUUUAGAAAAAUACCCUGCUGCGGAAGGUGCUCUUAGAAUAUCUUUGGGCGGGCAGCGGCGGCGUGAGGCGCCCACUGAUAACUGCAUGAAAUACAAAAGCUGGCCCCACUUGUGCCAUAAGAGGUGAUGGGGCAGCAGCGCCACGAGCUCUGGGGAAUCUCGCUGUGAGAGGCCGUUGUGCUUCCAGGGUUUUCUCCACGCUCUGAUCCAAGGCCUAACCCUGUGGGGACAGCGCACUGGGCAGCAGGUCGCCUGUGGGAGACAGGAUUUGGUCUGUCAGGGAGAAAAUGCCACAGCUGGGGGACCCUGUAGAAGACUAGGACUGUGAUGAGGUGUCUGAAGUCUGGCGUUUAAAUAUGGGAAGUCUCCGCAGCAUUGGACGACGGAUCCAGUUUGGGAGCCGGAGAGUUGGGGGCAAGAGAGUUGCUGCAGUAGGAAAAGACGCUAGCAACCAGUCAGCUGGCCGACUGACCCUUGCUGGAGGUUACUCUAUGGCUAAAGAAAAUACAUGGGAAUGACCCUAUUCCACCGUAUGAAGUGAAUAAAAGGACAGUUGGUAUCUUGUAUGAGCUUGCAGAAUACAACGAAGGUCGAGACAGGGAUGUUUCUAUCCUGAUAGAGGAUAUGAAGAUGAGGGCAAGAGAAUAUCAAGCAAAAGUUAACCACCUAUGGCACAUUCUUGAAAAAGGCCUGAAUAUUUCCCCAUUCAGUCUGUCCAGUAAAGGCACGAGGUACCUCAAUGUCCUGGUAAACAGCGCAAUGACACUUGAAACAAAGGACACUUCUCUUACCAGCUUCUUCUGUGCCAUAAAUGAUAUGAAUUUGGAGCUGUAUGAAACAGAAUUGAAAAACAGAAAAAUGGAACUGAAAUUGUCCCACAUGAAAUCCAAAAUAGCUACAGCGCUAAUGCUGGAAAAGCGAUUAAAGGAGGAUAUUAAAAAAACAGAGGCAUUUAUGGAAAGAGAAAAUGCCAAAACUGGCAUCCAAUCCCAGAAAUUGAAGUUCCUGAUAGAGAAAUCUACAGAUAUCAAAAGAGGAAUCAAGACUACUAAGGAGCAGCUUAUUGCCACGGGGUUGGACAAUUCACUGACACAUACGUCACUUUUGAGCCUGUCUGAGAAUCUCGGAGAACUGCAGAAGGAACUUGCGCCUUUGAAGCAUAAACUGAAGUCCUACCUAGAUUUAACUCCUAAUCCUUCCCUUGCACGAGUGAAGAUUGAAGAAUUAAAACGGGAAUUGAAUGUCGUGGAGGCAGAGUUCUCAAAGGAGGUUGAUCAGCUGGUUCUUGAGAUGAUGAAGCCCUGUAAACCCUGGUCCACCUGAAGUGACCUGCAUGGAAGAAGAUUUCCCUUCUAUUUUCUGUUUAUUUGCACUACUAAAACAUUUUGGAAUUUUUGUUGUAAUUCUGGAGCUUUCUGCCUUACUCUUCUUGUUGUUGGAUGGUACACUUGUGACCUUUCAGCAAGCAUGCCCUUUUUAAGGGGUUCAUGUAGUCUUGUAUUUGUAAACAUCACCUAUUUUUCAUAAAAUAACCCCCAAGCGUA